GAUUUCGAAGGACAAAAAUUUGCAGAGCGUGUUUACCAAUAUGUAAUUAUUGCAUUUGGUAUUAUUGGUUGGAUCAUUGGUUUUGUAAAACAAGAUUUUAGCAUUACUUUUUAUUCUGUAGUUUUGGGUACCUUUUUAUCUUUAAUUUUAUGUUUACCAAAUUGGAAGAUAUACUGUCAACAUCCAUUAUCAUGGCAAAAACCA